UCGAACAUCGAACACCGGCGCGAGGCAACGGACCGUCCACACGUAGGGCGCGGUCGUACGGGAAAUUAAAAAGUAAAUAAAAUAGUGAUGGAGCUCAAAGGAAAGGUCGCUCUGAUUACCGGAGCGGCGGCCGGCAUAGGAUUGGCUUAUAGUGAGGAAUUGCUGAAACAUGGAGCUAAGGUGUCACUCUGCGACAUAGACUCCGACAUCGGCGAGCAGGUCUCCGACGAGCUGGGCGCGAAGUACGGACGCAAGAACGUGCUGUUCUGCCAGUGCGAUGUGACCGACUACCCGCAGUACGAAGAGGCCUUCGAGAUGACGAUUAAAGUGUUCAACCGGCUGGACAUCGUGAUCAACAACGCUGGAGUCAUGAACGACCGGUUUUGGGAGCUGGAGGUCGACGUCAACUUGAACGGCGUCAUCCGCGGUACUUUACUGGCGUACCGGUUUAUGGGCAAGGACCGCGGCGGACAGGGCGGUACCAUCGUGAACACGGCUUCCACUGCAUUCACAAGGCCCCAAGUAUCUACACCCAUUUAUACAGCCACCAACUAUGCCGUCGUGGGACUCACUAGGGCUUACGGGGACCAGUAUCACGUAGGACUGACAGGCGUUAGGAGUCUCGUGUUAUGCCCGGGGCUCACAGACACGGGCCUGGUCAAGGAAAUACGCAAACAGCUCAUGUCUUCAGAGUAUGAGGCAGCUUGGCAGCGCGACAACGCCAACGCCAAGACGCAAAGCUCAGAGCACGUAGGACGAGCUCUAGUGGAGAUACUCACCAAAGGCCAGAGUGGCUCCGUAUGGAUCGUGGAGAACGGCCAACCCGCACGGGAGUGGCGUGGCUAAACUACAUACACUCGACAACCUUCCAGUAUCUACUGCGAGCAUUGCGCGCUAAGAUAUAUUCGGACUUACGGAACGCAAUAUGGAUUCAAGGGCUCUCGCAUGAUGAUUAGGUACUAUUUAGAAAGACUGCCUCGUGCAUGAAGUUUAUAUUUGAACGAAAUAUUUUUUAUUCGGAUGUUUGUUGCCGUUCUUAGAGCGUUUAAUAACUGGAGUCGCCUUUAAGAACUUAUACCCCUCUGCCGAAAAACUUGCACAAUUGUGCAAAACUGCGAACUUUUCUAUGAACUGACAUGGCUAUUUGUACGUUACGUACAAAUCAUGUAGUAAUAGCAAUACAUUUCUUACACAUUCUUACACAUAUCGACUAAGUCCACAGUAAGCUCAAGAAGGCUUGUGUUGUGGGUACUCAGACAGCGAUAUAUAUAAUAUACAAAUACAUAAAUACAUAGAAAACACCCAUGACUCAGGAACAAAUAUCUGUAUCAUCAUACAAAUAAAUGCCCUUACUGAGAUUCGAACCCAGGACCAUCGGCUUACAAAUACAUUUGACGUUCCCUCCCCCGCAAAAAUUGACAGACUGUUUCGUAAAGAAAAUGACAUCUCCAGUUACUAAAUGCUCUAAGUUGCCGCGCCAAAAAUUAUGAGCGUUUCAACCGCUCAAAAAUUUUCAACAUUUUUUUAUAUUAUUAUGGGAAUAAAAGUAUUCAGAGAAAACGAUAUAAAUAAUAUUAAAACUUUUUAGUCAUGCAUGAGGCUAAUAAUUGCGUGUAUGACUCAUUUAAUUGUGCGCGCCAACAAAUUUGCGCCACUUGCAGCAUUCCACUACCCCAGGGUUAAUCGGUUAAACCUGGAGAUACCAGUACAAUUUGCCACACGGUUAACCGCUUAACCCAGGGUUAGCGGUAUAGUGCAAGUGGCCGUCAGACCGAUAUGCGAAUGGUCCGAAACUGUAUGUACUUAAAACGCACAUAUUCUUAAAAGUCGCGACACCGCUCUGUAACUGCAUCCAAUUCGCACGACGCUCCGAUGUUUGAGAUGGACAACGCUUUGCGCGUAUUAUAGCGACAUCCCGCCGCCCGUCGCUCUGCAGGUAUCGUCUUGGGUCAUCCCAUUCAUUUUUCGUCAAGUUCUUAAAUUAGUCCUAUUCUGCUUUCGUCAUCACCAAAAGUGUUUGAAAGCCACCGACGAUUGUGAGUUGUGACGAAUGUAGAAUGAGUGACGAAAGUAGAAUAGGACUAAUUUAAAAACUUGACGAAAAAGGAAUGGGACGACCCAAGACGAUACCGCUCCGCAAUCGGAUGCAGUGUGCCAUGCGCCUAAGCGACAGUGAUGUCACAACUCUUUUAUUCUGAUACCUAUGGUUCGGAGAAAAGCCAAAGUAUUUCUAGUCCAUAAUAAUUUUUUGAUCACCUUAUUUUAUGAGGAAGCGCAAAUAUUUAUCAAGCUUUACCUGAGUAUGUAUGGGCAUUUUUAACGCGUGAAAGAUACUCAUAUAUUAUAGGUAUACUAAGAUAUUUUGAAUGACCGGUUUGUGUGGGUGAUCCUAUCCAUCCUAUUUAAAUAAUGGUGUUUUCCUUUUGUAUAAUCGACCGAUGGUCUCUUGACAUUAUAUUAUAGUGUUUCCGAUCUAAAUUUAAACUGGCUCAAUGAAUAUACUCAACAUAAAUCUGCCAAAAAACAACGUACUUAAGUCUUCAGUUAGAGUAAUUUAAAAAACAUGAGAAUUACUUGGGUGAUGGUGUUUUAUGAGUUGAUCAUCUAUUUCUUGUUAUUCUGUCCCAUCAGCCAGGAGACAAUAGUAGCAUAGUUUCUUAGAAGAGCUGCAGUACCAUGUUCUACAAACGUGCUUAGUAGAUGUCCCAUUAUGGAAAGGCCUUAUAUUUUAAAGCAAUUACCAAAAAAAUCAAGUUUGGUUCAUUGAAAUACGAAAUAACUAGUAUUUUAAGAGUGACCCAGGAGACCGUAACCAUGGCAACUAGUGACAAGAAAAAGUUGAUUCACCCUUAUACUUCUGAUGCUUAUGGAUUUACUUAUGACUAUGUAUAAUCUCCACGAAGUAACAAUAUGAAUAUGUGAAGUGGUUGUGUAAAUAUUCAGUUCUUUAGUAUUAGAAGUGUUUUAGUAAGAAGCUGCAUUUAUAUUUUAUAAAAUAUAUUUUACAAAAAUAUAGAUAAGUAGGCUAAGAAUAAUGUUAGACAAUGUAUUGUGUACCUAUACUUGGAAAUUGUCUGUAUACCUAAGGGCCACCCCACAUCUAGCGUCCCUCG